CUUAUUGUAGGAGAGUCAAGAAUGCAAAAAGAACAGAGAAAACCAGUCGCCCACAAGAGUGUAAAAUCGAAGUAAACACUUCUUAAGCCUUUUUCGCUGCCUUUUCUUUCUUAUCCAUGGAAUUGCAAGCAUCUACUUCUUCGUCUUUCUGUCAAUAACAAGAAACCCUUGCGGCUCAAAAUAUGCUUCUUUUACCUCAGAGCAGACUAUUUUUGAGCACCAAUUCCAACUGCAACAGAGUAAUUUUCAUGGGCUCCAAACACAUGCUUCUUCUUAAGUCUACACUCACGCCCGGGACGCAUACACAUACAUAUGUGGCCCAUUUUUCUUCAUCUUCGCAACCUCAGUUCUUUUCUACUCAUAGGAAAAAUAUAGCAUUUUCUACUUCUUCUCCGAGACCCAUAUCUCCAAUUCAUCGGAUGACCUCUGGGUUGAGUUAUUACCCCCAUGCUCUUAUGCCUAAACCCAGACCAGUUGUUUUGGAGACCCCAGAGCAGCAAGUGCUAGAUCCGGAGCAGCUGAGGAUGUUAAAACAGAAGUUGGAGGAUAUCGGGAUUGAUGGCGAUGCUUGUAAGCCAGGGCAAUACUGUGGUUUAGUGUGUCCGAAUUGCAAAGGUGGAGAUUCAGAAGAGAAAAGCUUAUCUCUUCACAUCACAGAAGAUAGUGCUGCAGCAAUGUGGAACUGCUUUCGGGCUAAAUGUGGGUGGAGAGGCACUACAAGGGCCUUUGCUGAUGUAAAAUCAACUUAUGCAAAAAUGAAUAGAAUCGGCAAAGUAAAACAAGCAUUCAUAGAAAUCACAGAGGAGAGUUUGGAACUGGAACCUGUGUGCAGUAAGCUACUUGCAUAUUUUGCUGAGCGAAUGAUAUCUGGGGAAACACUGCGGAGAAACUCUGUAAUGCAAAAAUGAAGAGGCACCCAGGUGCAGAUGUUGUUUUAUUUUCAGAAAUGUUCAUGUAUAUUUGUGUGCAAUCACGAGGUUGUCUUGACAUGCUAAAGAAUUAUUUCUA